UAUUAUUAAAAAAAACGUGUUUUACUUUUGUUUUUUCUUGCUUUUCUUAUAUCUUUUUAUUUGUAGCAAUGGUGGUUUCCAAAAGAUGUAAAGUUUGUUCAGCACUUGAAGCUGAAAAUAUUCCUAUAUCCGGGGAAUAUUUUGGUAAAUUACUUCCAGAAUUGAUAUUGAAAAUAUCCGGCAUAGAUUUGGACCCGCGUAAAAUAAAUGGUGUGCUCAUAUGUAAAUCUUGUGCCGUACAGUUGGUACAGACUGAUUUGUUGGUUGAUAAAUUACGAAACACAUUGCAACGACUGAAGAUAUUGGUGAAGGAGACGAAACCCAAAACGUCAAGCGCUGCUCAAACUAAGGCCAAAAAUUCACCCACUAAUAAUGGCGAACUAGUAAUCUUGGACAAAUCCGUAACAAAUUUAGAUGAAUCAAAUACACAAGAUGAAGUUAAGCUAAAAACUCCAAAAAAAGUUGCAAGGCGUAAAUCCGUAUUUCCCGAUGAUAAACAGAUGAAUAACGACAAUGUCGUUGAGCAGAAUGGAAAGACUCCUUCCUCGGACAAUUCCGAAAAAGACAAAAUUGAUUCUGUAGCAAAUUUGAACGAUUCAAAAACUCAUGAAAAAAUCAAACCUAAAACUCCCAAAAAAAUAGUAAGACGUAAAUCUGUAUUUCCUGAUGACAAACAGAAAAGUAAUGAUAAAGACGCUGUGGAGGAGACUCCUAAGGCUAAUCCUAAACUUACAAAUUUAAAGGAGAAAGUAGAUUCCGAUGCGUCAACACCUUUAAAAAAGUCACCCACAAAGACAGAAAAACGGAAGUUGGCUACAUCAACAAAAGAUAAUUCAAAUAAUACAUUUGCAAAUUCGGUCGAAUCCACACCAUUAAAGCGUAAUAAAACACUGUCAAUAUCUGUAAGUGAAGAGUUUCCAAUGGAUUUAACUAUUGAUGAACAGGAUGGCAUCGCCUCAAACAAUGAGAUAAGCCUAAUUGAUGGUAAAGUAAAAGUUAUGAACUGCAGUAUUUGCGGUAAAGCAUUUCAUCAAAAGAGCCAAUUACGCGAACAUAUCGAGACAAGUCAUAUGGGAGAACGGCUUAAGGCAUGUCCGCACUGUUCGUCAGAAUUUCGGUCACAGCAAAAAUACGAAUCACAUAUCUUCAGUGAAAAGUGUAAGAAUACUAAUCAUAUUUGUCAGUACCCCAAGUGUAAUAAACGUUUUAAAACAGUUCACAAAAUGGAACUGCACAUGCACGAAAAACAUUCAUCGCAAAAUGAAUCGGAGGCAGAAUAGUCCCCUCCUACUUUUAAGUUGUCGUAUAAAAAUUUAUUUUACAUGCAUAUUUUACUACAUUAAGAAAUAAGUUUAAUAUUGAAUUAAAUAAAUUACAAAGAUAUUUGUAUCGACAAAAUAUUUUGUUUUUUAAGAAAAUCCCCGAUUUUAAUGAAAUUUAACACAUAUUAAGGUUUAAAAGUGUUCUACAAAUUAAUGACUUUUUGAUGGAUUUUAAAAAUAUGUUAAAAUUGGGUAAAAGUAUAACAUAUUAUUGUCCAUAACUUUUAAAAUCCUUUACGUACUGAAUAAUUUUUUAUUUCAUUUAAAAACCCGAGGGGUAUUGUCUUUAAAAUCGUGUAAAUAGAAUAUUUUAGUUCAGGAAAAUAACAUUCAUAAAAAAGCAAAGCAUUCAUAAAAUUCAUUGAAAAGCAACGCUAUAAUGUCAAGAUAGAUGUGAAUUUUUGUGAUCCCAGAAAAUUAUUCUUAAUUAAAUAAAAUAUUGUUUACAAAUAAAUUAAAUACUUUGUUAACAAAAUUAUAUAAAUUUGUGCGUAAAAUCUACGUCUAAAAUUUGUAAAGUAAAAACGCCAUCUUCGUCUUGUUUGAUGAGCAAGAAAAAAAAUAUAAACAAAACAAAAAUAAAUUGUUGUUUUUUAUAUUUGCAAAACAACUCAAAAUGCCGACAUUAAAUGAUAUUUAUUUAUGUCCCAAAUGUAACAAAAAUGUUAAAGACAACCAAAAUAGUCUUGGGUGUUGCAUAUGUGAAAAAUUUUAUCAUAGUACCUGUCUUAAAAUAACAAAAGAACAACAUUCAUUUUAUAUCGCCACAAAAUGUUUCAGUACACUUGUGCAAUCUGCAUUGCUAAUAAAGCAUCAACAAAUACUCCAAUUACACCUAAUGUAAAUAUAAAUGAGUCUACAAAUCCUUCAUCCCAAACAAGUGACAUAUGCGAUGAAUUGCG